AUGCAGGCCCUGCUAUUCCUGAUGGCUCUUCUCUUGCCUUCUGGGGCUGGAGCUGAGGAGAUUGUUGGUGGUGUGGAGUCUAUUCCUCACUCCCGCCCUUACAUGGCCCAUCUGGAGAUCAUCACUGAGAGAGGUUUAAGGGACAGCUGUGGUGGGUUUCUCAUAAGCCGUCAAUUUGUGCUGACUGCUGCACACUGUAAUGGAUGAGAAAUCACUGUCACCCUUGGAGCUCAUAACAUGAGCAAGAGAGAAUCCACACAGCAGAAGAUAAAAGUUGAAAAACAAAUCUUUUUUCCAAAUUACAAUUUUUCUUCCAAGCUCCAUGACAUCAAGUUAUUGAAGCUUGAAGAGAAAGCAGAGUUGACUCCUACUGUGAAUGUAAUUCCCCUGCCUCAGUCCUCUGACUUUAUCAAGCCUGGGACAAUGUGCUGGGCAGCUGGAUGGGGACAAACUGGAGUGACAGAACCUAAGUCAGAUACACUGAGGGAGAUCAAACUGAGAAAGGAAAAGGAGGCCUGUAAGGACUAUAGGCGUUAUGACUAUAACUUCCAGGUCUGCGUGGGGAGUCCUGAAAUGUUAAAAUUAGCAUACAAGAAGGGAGACUCUGGAGGACCUCUAGUGUGUGCUGGAGUGGCCCAUGGUAUUGUAUCUCAUGACCAUGGAACAGGGAAGCCCCCUAUAAUCUUCACCCGAAUCUCUUCAUAUGUGCCUUGGAUUAAUACAGUUAUAAAAGGAAAUUAG